UAAAGGAGGAGGAGGUUAGCCGAGGCAGCUACAGCGGCGGCGGCGCAGGGGCUGGUACGCGCUGGGCGGCGAGAGCCUCAUGGCGGAGGAAGAGAGCGACCAGGAGGCCGAGCGCCUCGGAGAAGAGCUCGUGGCCAUUGUGGAGUCGCCGCCGGGCCCCAUAGGGCUUAGAGCUGUGGGCGACGGCAGAGGUGGCGCUGGUGUCGGCAGCAGUGGCGGCGGCGACGGCGUCGGGAUCAGCAGUCGGGAUUAUUGCCGACGCUUCUGUCAGGUGGUUGAAGAUUAUGCUGGAAGAUGGCAGGUCCCAUUGCCACAACUUCAGGUUCUUCAGACAGCACUUUGUUGUUUUACGUCCGCCAGUGCAUCAUUCCCAGAUGAAUGUGAGCACGUACAAUAUGUUUUGAGUAGUCUUGCUGUGAGUUUCUUUGAGUUGCUGCUGUUCUUUGGAAGAGAUGAGUUUUAUGAAGAGCCCCUAAAAGAUAUUCUUGGAUCAUUCCAGGAAUGCCAGAAUCACCUCCGCAGAUAUGGAAAUGUGAAUCUGGAACUGGUGACGCGAAUCAUUAGAGAUGGUGGCCCAUGGGAAGAUCCAGUGUUGCAAGCUGUUCUUAAAGCCCAGCCAGCAUCUCAGGAGAUAGUGAACAAAUAUUUAAGUUCUGAAAAUCCACUGUUCUUUGAACUACGUGCCAGAUACCUAAUUGCUUGUGAACGCAUACCUGAAGCAAUGGCUCUUAUUAAAUCUUGUAUAAAUCAUCCAGAAAUCAGUAAAGACUUGUACUUCCAUCAAGCAUUCUUCACAUGUCUGUUUAUGUCACCUGUGGAAGACCAGCUAUUCCGUGAGCAUUUAUUGAAAACAGACUGUAAGAGUGGAAUUGAUAUCAUCUGUAACACUGAAAAAGAAGGCAAGACUAUGUUAGCUUUGCAACUUUGUGAAUCCUUUCUUAUUCCACAGCUCCAGAAUGGUGAUAUGUACUGUAUAUGGGAGUUGAUUUUCAUAUGGAGUAAACUACAGCUUAAAUCUAAUCCUUCAAAACAAGUUUUUGUAGAUCAAUGCUACCAGCUUUUAAGAACAGCAACUAAUGUGAGAGUCAUAUUUCCUUUCAUGAAAAUCAUUAAAGAUGAGGUUGAAGAAGAAGGCUUGCAAAUUUGUGUUGAAAUUUGUGGUUGUGCUCUACAACUUGACCUUCAUGAUGAUCCUAAGACUAAAUGUCUAAUUUAUAAAACAAUUGCACAUUUUUUGCCAAAUGAUUUGGAGAUCCUCAGGAUUUGUGCGCUUUCAAUAUUUUUUCUAGAGCGCUCCUUAGAAGCUUAUCAUACUGUUGAAGAGCUUUACAAACGUCCAGAUGAAGAAUAUAAUGAAGGCACAAGUAGUGUUCAAAAUCGUGUUCGUUUUGAAUUACUUCCAAUUUUGAAAAAGGGAUUGUUUUUUGAUCCUGAAUUUUGGAACUUUGUAAUGAUUAAGAAGAACUGUGUGGCAUUACUGAAUGAUAAAUCAGCAGUUAGAUUUCUAAAUGAAAGUACACUGGAAAAUUCUACAGGUAAUCUAAAAAAGACAGUGGAACAGCAAAGUUUAGACGAAGGGCUUGACUCUCUUACAGAUCAGAGUACUGGAGAGACUGAUGUUGAUGAUCUGUCUGGAGUGCAACCUAGAGGUCAUGUUAAUACAAAGAAAAACCUUACAGCUCUUAACACUUCCAAAGUGGAUCACAAUGUUCCUAGGCAUCGGUGUAUGCUAUGCAACAAGGAAUUUCUUGGUGGUCAUAUUGUAAGGCAUGCCCAGGCUCAUCAGAAGAAAGGCAGUUUUUCAUGUGUAAUAUGUGGUAGGAAAUUUAGAAACAGAGGACUUAUGCAGAAGCAUUUAAAGAAUCAUGUUAAGAAGAUACAGAGACAGCAAAUUGCUGCAGCUCAACAAGAUGAUCAGGAAAUCACUGCUUUGGAAGAAAUAAAUUAUUCCAGUCCUUCCAUUUCAUUUGAAAAUGGAAAUUCUGAUAACAAGGAUUUGGAAGUAGGAACUCUGACUGCUUCCAGUGGUGGAAACAAAGAAGUCAUUCCUGAGCAUGUGGCUGAAUUCAUUGAAAUUCCCCUAAGUGUACCAGAAGAUGUGAUUGAAAACAUUAUUGAAAAUGGCAAUCCUGAUACUUCUUUAAAUAAUGUUUCAGAGCCUUUACCUCAAUGUGAGGAUGACUACGGGGAGGAAGAAGAUGAAGAAGGUGAUUAUGAAGAUGAUGAUUAUGACCUGAAUCAAGAAACUUCAGUUCUUCAUAAAAUCAAUGGAACUGUGUGCCAUCCAAAAGACAUAUAUGCUACAGAUCAAGAAGGAAAUUUUAAGUGUCCUGCUCUUGGCUGUGUCAGAAUAUUUAAGAGAAUUGGAUUUCUAAACACACAUGCAAGGACUGUACAUCCAACUGACUUAAAUGUGCGACAAACAGUAAUGAAGUGGAGCAAAGGAAAGUGCAAAUUUUGCCAAAGGCAGUUUGAAGAUUCUCAACAUUUUAUAGAUCACCUUAAUAGACACAGCUAUCCAAAUGUGUACUUUUGUUUGCAUUUUAAUUGCAACGAGUCAUUUAAGUUGCCAUUCCAACUUGCCCAGCAUACGAAAAGUCACAGGAUAUUUCAAGCUCAGUGUAGUUUUCCAGAAUGCCAUGAGCUUUUUGAAGAUCUUCCUCUGCUAUAUGAACAUGAGGCUCAGCAUUAUUUAAGUAAAACACCAGAAUCGUCUGCACAACCAAGUGAAGCAGUUCUUUUGGAUGUUCAUACAGAUUCAAAUUCUAUUCAUCAGGAGAAAGACUCAUCUAGUAAUGAGAAACAAACUGUUAGUCUGCCAGUUCCUACUAGCAAAUCAAGGAGAGAUUCUACAGAACCAAAGACAUGUAUAGAAAGUAUGGAAAACAAAUCAGACAGUUUAAUCCAGAAUGGAAAUGAACAUUCUGAUGACACUGUUUCAAAUAUAAGCUUGAUAGACCAAAAGAUGCCUGACAUAGAGCCAAAUUCAGAGAAUAGUUGUAGUAUUAGUGAUUUAGUCAAUGGACACAGUGAAAUAGAGCAAGCACCUCUAGUUUCAUCAGAUCCUGCUUUGAAAACUGAUGGAAACAGAAUCAGGACAGAAAAUGGUUCUAUUUUACCCUCUGUUGUACCACAAGAACAUAAUACCCUGCCAGUAUCUCAGGCACCAUCCAAACCAAAUCUUGCAAGUGAACAUACUUCAUAUGGCUUAAUUUUAACAAAGCCAUAUGUUAGACCAUUGCCUCCUAGUUACCUUGAUGAACGGUACCUUAGUAUGCCAAAACGCAGAAAAUUUCUGACUGAUAGAGUAGAUGCCUGUUCUGAUCAAGAUAACAUUUAUAAAAAAUCAGUGAAAAGAUUAAGAUGUGGCAAAUGCCUGACCACCUACUGUAAUGCUGAAGCACUUGAGGCUCACCUUGCACAAAAGAAAUGUCAGACACUCUUUGGAUUUGAUUCAGAUGAUGAAAGUGCCUGAUAAAAAUGUUUCAGAAAGAUCUGUCGAUCAAGCAGUAGUGUGAAAAAAAAACCCACAAAACACUACUUCAAGAAAACGCAUCAUCAGUUUGCUAUUUCCCUGAUGGCCUUAAUUUUAGAGUGGUCUCGGAUUACUAAAGAUGAAAGACAAAGCACAUUUUCUAGAAUGAACUUGCAGAGGAGAUGUGCUGGUUUUAGACUCCAAAAGGGUUAUUAUAAAACUCCCAAAGUACCAGUUAUCCAGAAAACCACAUUUUCAAAAACUUUAUGAUGAUUAAUAGCAGCAUGUUCAGUUUUGCUUAUGUGAAAACAUGUUUGGGCAACAAAUCGGAGGAAAAAAAUAACCCAGCUAUGGCCUUACAGAAAAGGAAAAGUUAACCCAGUAUAAAAAAGGAGGUGGAGGGAGAGCUGGUUUAAAAUAAUAAACAAUGUAAAUCAUUCUACAAAUGGAAUUUGUUUUUUUGUCAUGCAUAAUCAGAUUAUGUCCUUCUUUCUGGUCAACCUUUUAAGGAACCACUGCUAUUUGGUUUGUGAUAUAAUUUAGUAGCUGAUACAUAGAAAAAAGCUUGCUUUAUCACCGUGCUAUCUAUUAAAGAUUGUAAUUGUUUCCAGAUUGAUUAGACAGACCAAACCUCAAUGAAUGAUGAUACCAGCAUUUCAAAUUAAAAAAACAAUAAAAAAACAAUGCUUUGCUAAUGAGCUCUUGAUAGAACCUUCCACUUUCCACUUUUGUAAUAUAAAUUGAUUAUAUUUUAAAAGACAUCAGUGUCAGUUAAAUGGAAAAGUACCAUUGGUAAUUUGGGGGUGUUAUGGGAGGAAUCUAAGACCAUUACAGGCUACGUAGUUGAAGGAAAACACUGAAUUGCAAAUUCUUCAAUGUGAAUAAUGGUAAAAGCACACUGGGAUAUUUUAUUUGUAUAUAAUGUUAGGACAUUGCUUGAUGAUUCAUAGUAAGGUCCUUCAGACAUUAGUAUGAGUUAUCUAAGUACAGUCCUAUGAAAAUAACUGGCUUAAAAAAUGUCAGCUAAGAAUCAGGUUGAGAAUUCAUUCAUUUUAUUUAGUUACAAUUAAUUCCAAAAUAAGCCAUACUACUUAUGUUUUUUAUUCACUAGUGAUGAAUUUGGUCUGCAUAGUAAUGUUUAUAUAUAAAAGUAAGUAUUUACACAAAAAUUUGCACAGCAGGAACAUAAUAAGAGAUAUAUUAAUGCAUUAUUUUCCUUGGUGACCAGUAAUUUUCCUAAGGAAGAUUUAACUUAAUAAAUUAUUAAAACAUACAUUUUAAAAUUUUUUAAAAUACCCUCUCAGAUGUUUUCCAUUUGUCCCAUUGUUGAAAGGAGGAUGCUUAAAGAUCUUUUACCUAACAGUAUGUUAAUGUAAAACAGGAGUAAAAAGGUAAAAUGCAAAGGCAAAUUCUUUAAAAAACUGACCCACUAAUAUACAGAUGUCAGCCAACUAUUCCAAUUAUUUCAGCUGUUAAAUUUUUUUUUCAAGGCAGACAAUCUCAUCAGAUCCUACUACUAUAAAUUUUAGGAAUACUGGAGCUUUUUGAGUAAGAUUAUUAGGAAAAAAUGGGACAUUUCUUCCAGAGUAGCAUACAAACUUUUAUUAAAUUUGAUUUCCAGGUCAUAUUAGAUCAGAUGAUCUAAAAACUACGUCUCAGUUAUAUUAGUUUAUUUAUCAUGGGCAUUCACUACUAUGCAAUGAUGGUCAUUACGUCCAUUCCAAUGAGAUUUAAGUUUGUUUUGUUAUGUAGCCUACAUUAGGCUGUGGAAUUUACAUGUAGAUAACAAAUAAAUAAAAACAACUCCUAAUCAAGGUUUUAAAUCCUUUCUUUAAAGGACAAUGUUUUCCAUACUUCGUGAUACUGAAAAUGUAAUAAUUGAGUUUUAUUUCAGUUCAUUCUAAAAAUACAUCUUGUAAUAAAAAUUUUGUUUGGAAACUGGUUCAUCUGGACAAUGAAGUUUUUUUGAAAUAAAAUUUCUGCUUUGUACAUUCCAGAAGUUUAAAAUAGAAUUUUGCCACAUUUUUUUUACUUUUAAUUUUUUAAGUUGUAAUCAUUGACAUAAAUAUAUGCCCACAAUGUGUUAAUAUUUUCACUGAUUUUGAAGUUCAUGCUAAGAUGUUUCAAACAUAUUCCACGUGAUAUUAUUUUGUUUUUACUCCAAAGUUUUACUCCUACUUUUGUGUUAGAAAAUUUUCUGCAAGAGAUCAAAUUGGUUGAUAUAAAUCAAGAAAUGUCAUAAAGUUCUACUAACUACAUUAUUCUUUUUAUUUAUACACUUCUCAAGUAACACCUGUUGAAUGAAUGUAUUUUCUUCUGUCUUCUAAAAUGUAAACCUACAUCUUUUUGCUUUUAUGGAGUCCAUAAAAUUCUAACAGUUUUAAUUUGGGAUUCAGAAAAAAAAGGAAAAUGUCUUUUUACUCCUCAGAUUAUUUUCGUUUUCUUCUUUUCUACUUCUCUUGAGGAUAUGACAUCUUACAUGAAUCAAGUUUCAAAUCUUUGUUUUGAAUAAAAAUUUCCUUCAAAAAAUUAAAUAUUAACUUUCUGCUGUGUCAGCGAGGUCAAGAAAAGAGCAAGUCUGAAUUUUUGCUGCUCACCAUAGACUAUACUGAAAAGGGGAAUCUCCGUGGACAAGGACACUGGUACUUUGGGCUUUAGCCAUAUUCCUUUUUUUAAAAAACCACCAACUAUAUAACGCAUACAUAAUUUAUAUCAUUGAACUUGUGAUUCUUUUCAAAUCACACAGAAGGUUCAGCCGUACUCCUUUCACGUUUGGUUUAAUACUAUUGUAUGGGUGAAAAAACCUAAAAGGGAUGAUAGUGUUUAUUUUUUAAUUUAUUUGGUACUGUAAAACACCUUUUUGGAAUGAGUAAAUGCUGCAUACGCAUUUUGGAAUUGUAAUAUGUGAAAGAUAUUACCGAUUCAGCAAGAAAGGAAAUUUGUGCUUCCUUGUUGAACAUUAAAUUAUUUUACUUUGCAUUUUAUAAGAGUACAAAUUAAAACUGAGCCAUUGAACUGCAAUAAAUCAACAAUAGUGUCUCAUUUCAAGAAAUUUUUUGUACUGUACAUAGAUUUGUUCAAUAAAACAUUGUCCUUGUUG